AUGGGCCCACCAUCAUCGGCAGCGCGGAAGCGGACGACGCCAAAAAGGCCCUUGACCAGGCCGCCUCCUUCCAAAAAGCCUGCCGGAAAACCCAACGCUAGCAUCCUAAGCUUCUUCCAAAAGGCCGAGAAGCCUGAACAGACACUGUUUAUCGAUGGCCAUGACAAGCUCGUUGUCCCCCAAAAGGAAGAUGAUGAGGUGCCAGAGAUAUACGAUGCUGAACCAUGGGAUGAGGAAGAAAGGUUCAACGAAGUCGAGGCGCCAAUCAAGAAGAGGCGGCUAAGUCAAGAGGCCGAGAAGAAUGAAGGCGAACAAUCAACUACGAGAGAUUCAAACAGCCCGCCGGUCUCCGAACCACCCCCAUCAUCACCCACGGAGUUGAAGACUUUUAAGAAGCUACCCGCAAAGCGGAAAGGCCCCUUCCUCGAAGAGUCCGACAGCGAAGACGGAGAAGAGUCAAUAGCCCCAGCAAGGAAACCAAGUAUCAUCGGCGCCAUUCGCAAUCGACCACCCAUUGUCCCACCUUUCAAGCUGGGAGACAACACGACACCUCCACUUACGAAGCAAGAGAACGAAGCAACGCCAUCAGCUCAGUUGGAGCAGGAGGAGGAGGACAAGGAGGAGGCAACACCGCUAGCGAAGGAAACGAGCUGCCCGCCACCGCCAAUGAAGGUUGAGGAUUCAAUCGAAGCCGAAUUUGCAAAUAUUGACGACUUUGGUGACCUAGACGAUUUCCCCAACGAUGAAGACUUUGGUGGCGAAGAGUACCGCAUGAUGCAAUUCAUGGAGGAGCAAGCCCGUUUAGAGGCAGAAGCCGAGGCCGUGGAUACGGGCGACUACUCCUGUGACGAAUUAGCCGAUCCCAUGCGGCCCAGCGAUGCCAUGGUGGCCAACUGUCCCAUAUGCGACGGCACACUUUCCGGUAUUACACCUGACGAAGCAACACGGCAUGUAAAUGCUUGCCUCGACGGUAACCCGAUUCCACUACCUCGGCCCAAAGACACGAAAAAAACCAAGGACGAAUUCGCCAGACCGCCAAUACUCGACCCUCCCGAAGUCAACAAACGACUUGCGCGCGCAGCAGUACCACGAGAGGGCCAAGCCAACCCAUUCAAGUUAAGCGAAGUCCAGAAUAAUGCGACCUCAGCCUUCACCAAAUUGAUGUCCGGCCAUGCUGAAGACGCAGCAUGGGCCGGUGCCGCUGCUGCAGAGCACUCAUCACGUGGGAAGCCUGCAUAUCAGCGUACCUGUCCGUUCUACAAGAUCAUGCCUGGCUUCUACAUUUGCGUGGAUGCUUUCAGGUACGGGGCGGUCAAGGGGUGCAAUGCCUAUUUCUUGAGUCAUUUCCACAGCGACCACUACAUCGGCUUGACUUCCAACUGGACGCAUGGCCCCAUUUACUGCAGUAAAGUCACUGGAGACUUGGUGAAGAUGCAAUUGCGAGUCGCCGCCAAAUGGGUUAUUGCGCUGGAGUUCAAUCAGACGGAGGUGGUCCCGGGCACCGAGGGUGUGACAGUGACCAUGAUUCCCGCUAAUCAUUGCCCUGGCAGCUCCCUCUUUCUGUUUGAGAAGACUAUGGGAAAGGGGCCAAAUGCAAAUGCAAGAAAGCAAAGGAUAUUGCAUUGCGGCGACUUCAGAGCUUGUCCAGCUCAGGUGGCCCAUCCUCUGCUAAAGCCCGACAUACAAGAUUUGGUAUCAGGCAAAUUUAAGCAGCAAAAGAUUGAUGUCUGUUAUCUGGAUACGACUUACCUCAACCCACGCUAUUCUUUCCCACCCCAAAACGAUGUGAUCAAGGCAUGUGCAGACAUGUGCAAGUCACUUGCUCCAGACCAGACAUCGGAAGACAACACAUGGGACAAGAUCAAUAGAGAGGCUGGCACGGAGACUGUCAGCAAGUUCUUUACGAAGACAAACGCAGACGAUGACGCUGCAAAGGCCAAAAAGAAAAACGCGCCAAAGGAACGUCUCCUUGUCAUUUGCGGUACUUACUCAAUAGGCAAGGAGCGUAUCUGCAAAGCUAUUGCGCAAGCCUUGGGAAGCAAGAUUUUUGCAUCCAAGUCGAAGAUCCGCAUCGUAUCCAAACUCGGAGAUCCAGACCUGACAGCCCUCAUGACGGAUAAUCCACACGAGGCUCAAGUUCACAUGCAAAUGCUUAUGGAAAUCCGCGCCGAGACACUACAAGAGUACCUCAAUUCGUACAAGCCGCAUUUCAGCCGCAUAGUCGGAUUCCGCCCUUCCGGCUGGAAUUACCGCCCACAAGGUGCCAGCAAGGCGGUGACGGCCAGCACUCAACCUGGCACGAUUCCGAUGACACAAAUUCUCCAAGGCAAGGCUUGGCGGCCACGGUUUGGGGCGAAGGAUUUUGUAGCACAACGCGGCAGCACCAAAGAAGCCAUAUGCUUCGGCGUGCCGUACAGUGAGCAUAGCAGUUUCCGAGAGCUGGCCAUGUUCUUGAUGUCACUGCGCAUUGAUAGGGUAGUACCUACGGUCAAUGUCGGUAGCGAAGUAUCGAGGAAGAGGAUGAAGGGCUGGAUAGAUAAAUGGUUGUCUGAGAGGAGAAAGGGCGGGCUUGUCCAUCCGCUCGAGGGCGAGGAAGGCGAGGGCAAAGAGGUUGCCUUAUGGAAUGGCAAGGACAGCCGUGGAGGAGGUAUCUGGUGGUGA